GGAGACACCGGUGGUGCACGCGGAGGAGAGGUUGGUGGUAUUUUUGGUGGAGACAUUGAUGGUGUUUGUGGAGCAGCUGUUGGUAGACUUUUCGGCGGAGACACUGGUGGUGUACUUGGAGGAGAGGUUGGUGGUGUUUUUGGCGGAGAGGUUGGUGAUGCACGUGGAGGAGACAUUGGUGGUGUUCUUGACGGAGACACAAGAGGUGUUCGUGACGGGAUCGUUGGGGGAGACACUGGUGUUCCACGAGGAGGAGAAUUUGGUGGUAUACUUGGUGGAAACACUGGUUGUGUUUGUGGAGGAACCGUUGGUACACUCCUUGGUGGAGACAUUGGUGGUGUACGCGGAAGAGAGUUUGGUGGCAUUCUUGGCGGAGAAACUGGUGAUGCACGAGGAGGAGAAGUUGGUGCCGCUCUUGGCUUUGGUGGUGGAGGUGGAGGUGCACGGGGGCGAGUUGGUCUAUUGGCUUCAGUGUGGCCUAAGAGGAAGAUGGUAAGUGCAAAGAAGAGAGCUAAGGUUGUUGGUGAAUAUUUUGGAUCCAUUUUCUUCAUGGUGUUUUGUCCUCAACGGAGGACUGUUGUAUAG